AUGGUAGUGGCGCCGACAAUGCAGCCCGGAGAUAUGUCUAUGGUCCUUGCUGCGUUUGCCCGGCUGCGGUUGCGAGACCGCGAGAUGAUGCUUCGAAUCGCUGAAUCUACGCCGGCCAUUCUGGGACAGUUCGCGGCCACUGAUAUCACGCACUUCCUGGCAGCUUUUGCCCGGCUGGAUGUCGAGCACCGGCUCGUCUUCAACCUCUUUGCCAGAGAGAUUGCCAGGAAGCUUCACGACUUCGAUGCUGCUCAACUUGGCGAGCUGGUCUAUGCAUAUGCACGCCUCAAUUUUCACCAUGACUUGCUUCUGGAUGUACUCAAAAAGAGAAUCACAGAAGUGAUCAAAGCCAUGAAACCGUGGCAUCUGGCCAUGGUAGUGAACGGAUUCGCAAGGCUUGGAGCGAGCGACGAACGAUUUUUCACUGUCCUGGCUGCAGAGAUUGCAAAGAAGAUCUCUCAGUUUGAGAGCAAGCCGCUUGCGCUCGUGGCGAAUGCCUAUGCGAAACUUGGCGUCCGCAAUCGUUUUCUUCUGGAGCUCUUGGGGGACGAGGCUUUUCGCCGGCGAGGCGAACUUGAGCCCCAAGCUGUUGCUCUCGUCCUCAAUGCGCACGCACGCCUCCAGAUGUCGAAUCCCGUGCUUUUCGAUUACUUCGCACAAGAAGUGCCUCGGCGCAUACGAGCCCACAACAUACAGUCGCUCUGUAUUGUGGCCAGCGCUUAUGCGCGAGUACGUCGCGGAGACGAGUCACUCUUCGCGAAAAUUGGAGAUCAUGCAUGUGCAAAUGCCUCGCAGUUGUAUCCUCGUGCGCUUGCCACGAUCCUCUAUUCGCUGUCCGAAGUCGACAUUCGUCAUGGCAUGCUCUUCUUCAAUGCCCCAGAGCAUGUCGAAAUGUACUGCCAGAGUUAUACCACAGACGAGCUUUGCAUGGUCGGCCGUGCAUACGGACGUUUCCAGAUGGCUCACACACGCCUCUUCGAAAGUAUUAGCUCUGCUCUUCCCGGCCGUUUGCUCUCAAUUCCAGAGGAGGAUGCAAUGCGUGUCCGAAUUGAUGGACAUGCCGAGACCGAGGACGCAGAUGCACAGGGGCAGAUGUCUGUGCCUCGAAUCAGUGGAUUGGUUGGGCUUCUGGAGGCCUAUGCCCGACUCACCAUCUUCCAUGCCGAAACCCUCAAGCUGCUGGCCGAUGCUGUCGUGGCUCGCGAGAGGGAGCUGGCACCGCCUUUGGUCAUCCAGGCAGCUCGUGCCUGCGCCGCUCUGGCAUACGCACAUCCUGGCAUCAUCAGGCUAGCCACGGCUUGCAUGGCGGAGUUCGGAGAGCAGCUUUCCGAGGAGGACUUCGAUCUUCUCGGGCGAGCCCUGGAAGAUCUUGGCGUGCUGGGCCAGGACAGUCGUCUCAUGCUGGCCCCCUCCUCGGCUCAUGGCUUCGUCUUCCGGCUCAUGACUGUUGGAGUGUGGACAGCUCAGGAAGGUGCCCCGCUGGAUCUAGACCAUGGCCAUGGCAUGCCGCAACAAAAAAGGCUGUUUCUUGCUGCCAUCAAGCCUUGGCAGUCAUCGCAAUACCGCCCUGGUCCACACUUUGGUGAGGUAUUACGACUGCUGUAG